AUGUGGCUUGCGCGCAUAAUCGCGUUAACCGCGUGUUUUAUCGCCGCGAGGUACAUCAAUUCCACAAUUACCGACGAAAAUUACGCGCUCACGUUUGAUUACCUGCAGAAAUACGGAUAUCUGUCCAAAGACGUAGACGCGGUUCCGGCUCAGAGACGAAACGACGUUUUUCGCAAUGCCUUUGAGGAGUUUCAGAAUUACUACGAUUUACCCGGCGAUGGAAUGCCCAACAACGAAACGCUGCAAUUGAUGAGUAAACCGCGAUGCGGGUUCCGAGAUAUCCUGAAGCACGGAACGAAAGCGAGCCUAUCCAAAUGGCCGAAGACGCACCUGACGUGGAAUUUUCACUUAACCGACGAGACCGAGCUGAGCACGGCGCGGGCCGCGUUCGACCUGUGGUCGCAGCAUUCGGCAUUCACGUUUGAACGCUCCGAAACAAAUGCCGACAUUAUAAUAUCUUGGCGACGCCUACGUCACUAUAACACGAAUACCAAGGUAAACGGAGCAAUUUGCUCGGACAAAUUCGACGGUCCCGGCAACGUGCUCGCCCACGCGUCUCUCCCGACGGACCAAGCGGGGUUCGUCUCCGAGGUGCACGUCGACGGGGACGAGCCGUGGCACAUUUACAUCAAUAAACAUCCCGCGGAUAGGUUCUCCCUGCAUUACACGCUGACGCACAAGAUCGGCCACUCUCUCGGGUUGGUGCACAAUAGGCGCAAAACAUCGGUGAUGUUCGCGAUACAGCCGGACCAGCAGUAG